AUGCCGCGAAACCCUGCGGCGAAAAAGCAUCAGCACAGCAAUCGUCAUGAGAACGGCCUUGUAGGUCCAGGAAAACGGGUCACCAAACAAAAAUCGAAUGGUCAUCUCAAUGGCGCCGCGAAGGGCCCUGUUCCCGCUGAGCCUGUUCCUCAAGCAAGCUCCGCCGACUCGUCUGUGACCGGACCAGCUCACGACCAAUCUCCCGCUUCCGCGGCCGACUCGCAUCAAGACUCCUCGAACACACCGACACCGGCACAGUUGAGGGCCGGGGACUCGGAGGGAAGUGAACCGAAAGAGAAGGAAGUCCGUAGGGAGUUGAAUGGAUCCGCGAUGGUGCAACAACGACGAGGCGAUAUGGCUUCUGCCAAAUCCAAGGUGACUGCGGAUCUCAGCGCUGUCCAAAUUGCCACAACAAUCCUCAAGUCUCGACCCGCUUGCGACACCGUCUCUCUCUUGAUCGUCCUUCUGGCCCUCCCUUCCAUGAUCUUGACUAUUGUUCAAGCUCUGUUCGCUUCCUUGACCUUAAUGCCAGGAGGUGGCGCCCCGGUUUCGUUUCUGUCCUUACUCGACAUUUUCCAAGGGUCAGCUGGUGCUCCCAGUAUCACGACUAUGGCAGUGGUAGAUCUCAUCUGCUUUGGGCUCUGGAUUUGCCUCUGGACUUGGGCGCAGAACUUUGCGCUAGAUUUGGCCCAGAUACAAAUUGCCAUCACACUGGGAAAUGGGAGUUCAGGUAAAAAUGGUAGCGUCAAUACCUUUUGCGUUGCCGGAGUGCUUCUAUUACAUUUAAUCCGGAGCAGGGGCGUGCGCCGUUUUCUGGUUUCCAAUCUGGUGCCGGUGGAUCUACUCAAUCAGACUGGACUCGCUGAAUAUUUCAAGUACCUGCCUUCAGAUGCCGAUUUUGGUGAGAGUCCGGGGCCUCCGUCACAAAUCCGAAGUCUGUUUGCCAUCCAUAUCAUCAGUCAGGCCGUGAUGGCCUUCGUGCGACGAAGAGUGACCAGUUCCCAGUCCAUCGGACCAACAAGAUCCAAGCGCACGGACGCCGAGGCCUCUGCAGGCUCAUGGCUGGCGUCGGAUGCUUCGGGUGGGGAUGGCUCUACCCCGGCGGGCAUUUCAUCUUCGGUUGACUAUCAGCCGGCGCCGCCUUCUUCAGGACUGAAAGAUGGCAAAGAAAAGGGAAUAAGUGCCAAGAAACGCAGGCGGCAGGCAAAUCAUGUUAGAAGCCGACAACCAUUUUGGGCGGCUCUCGCGAGUACCAAAGUCCAUGUCCUCAGAGAGGUUGAACACAACAAGGGCGUUCCAACCGUGGCGAACAACCAAGGUACUCCGUUCGAAAUACCCCAUCGAGACCUCGUAUGGAUCACCCACGUGGACCCGUCGUCCAUUUCUUUUGAAACGACCUACAUGGCAAUAGCUGAGCAGGGCCCCGAGUCAGCGCUUUCAGGCGAAUGUCGGCCAUUUUACGUGCGCAUCAAUGGAGCAAAGUGGCAUUCGGUUUCCCUCGACGCGUCGGAAAAUUCGUCGCCGUCUGAUGGAUCCAGUCCGCAAUUUUCUGGUACGAUAUCUGGUCUGGCCCCGAACUGUACCUACACCUGUACUUUCAUUCGCUGCGACGGCGGCGAGGAGUUUGCCUCGAUUAUGGUCAAAACGCCAAUGCUACUCGACAAGGACCUCCCUGCUUCGAUGGCACCCGUUCCAGUCCGCCAAUCCACGCGACCAUCCUCCCCGACGACCACGCUCAAGAACUCUAUAUCGACCGCCGAAGCGAAGCUGAACGAGGCUCGCAAUCGCCUCACCAAAGUUCGACGUCAACAUAGAACCACCCUUGCCAAGGUGGAAAAAGAAGUGGACAGCUUUAAUGCUCGCCUCAAGACCACCAGCGACGACACCAAACAAAGGCAGAAACUGUUGCAGGCCGAGCGCAGUAUCCGUCAAACCGAAGAUGCAACCCUGGAGAUUGAUGCUGCUUUGGAAGGGUUGGUCUCGACGCCAGACGACGAGAUUGACGAUCACGCCACUUCCAAGGAAUCCUAUGAAGAACAGACCAAAUUGCUGGCUGAAGCAAAUGAGGCUCUGUCGAAGGCUCGUUCAGCGGCAAACAAUGAUCUCUCUUGUGCCAACAACGAACUCAAUACGGUCACCAGUCGUAAAGAGCGUCUGACCGGCCGUAAUACUAAACUCGCAGAGCAGCAUGACCGCAUCACUCAGGCCAAUGCUCAAGGCCUCAACGAGAAAGAAAGAAAGGCCGCCGAAUCGACCGCCAGAGGAGCCGAACAGCAGAGACGAGAAGCCGAGCUGACCAGCCAGAUACGGUUCAUGGAGAACGAGAUGAGAAAUGCAAGGACGCGUUGGGAAGCCAAUCUUCGCGAACUUGACAACCUGGAGAAGCAGGACGUAGCCCAACGACAUAUGGUGCUCAACAGUAACGGGCCCUUGACUCCGGAGGGAGACCUCCCUGGCACUCGUCCGACGCCGCAGCACGGCCGCCCAUAUACUUUCGGAAGUUUCCAAGCGUUUCCCAACAGCCCCGUCAUCCCUGAGGCUCAAGGAUCUCCGUUCCUUGCCUAUGCGAAGACUCUUCCAUCGAGCGACCAACGCCGACCGCGAUCCGACACAAAUCGAUCGGCGGGGGGGAUUAGCAAUUUCUCGGCCGACUUUGAGGAUGCCGAUCCGAUCCCUCCUAUGCCGUCGACGGCAGAGUAUGAUGUUACAGGGCGCAAAGGGAGCGGCAGCAGCAGAGGCAAGAACAAUGACAGUCCGGCCGCUGGAGUCAUUGGUGGUGCAUUGCGCAGUCCGCAAAGAGGGAGCUAUAGUCCAGGACAUAUUCCGGGUUCAACAACGUGGUGA